GUUGGGUUUUGUAUUUUUGUGAAGUCGAAAGUGAGUUCAUUUUGGCGCGGCUGGUAAGAAUCAGAGUUUUGAAGAAUAGAAUAGAUUGAACUAAAUUAUCAUAAUUUAGUUGUAUGGUGAUCAAAUACAGUAAUUUGUUUGGAUAUUCAUUAAUUACUUGGUAAAUUCAGUCAUUUACUUGUUGCACUGUUUGUGGAGGAAAACGUCAGCAUCCUACUUUUAAGGUUACCGUGAGUGAGUGAGAGUAGGCUAUAAGUUCAUUGUGAUAUCGUAUGUUAUUUUAAAUCAAGAAAAGCUGUUUUUAUGUGAUUGGAAGUUAUUGCAUGGUUUCUAUUUUGAACAUGGCUAAAGUUCAGCUGGGAAAUGUUGUUGUUUUGGAUAAUCCAUCACCAUUUUUGAAUCCAUUUCAAUUUGAACUAACAUUUGAGUGCAUUGAAGAACUGAAAGAAGAUUUAGAAUGGAAGAUGAUUUAUGUUGGAUCUGCUGAGAGCGAAGACUAUGAUCAAAUUCUAGAUACAAUCUAUGUUGGACCGAUACCAGAAGGAAGACAUAUGUUUGUUUUUCAAGCAGAUCCACCAGAUGUCUCCAAAAUCCCUGUGGCAGAUGCUUUGGGUGUGACAGUGGUUCUUCUCACAUGUAGUUAUAGAGGACAGGAGUUUGUCAGAGUCGGGUACUUCAUCAACAAUGAGUACACAGAUCCUGAACUAAGAGAGAACCCUCCGGCUGUCCCACAGUUUGACAAGGUAGUGAGAAACAUUCUUGGAUCUGAACCCCGAGUAACUCGUUUCAAGAUAAACUGGGAUGACUCUGAGACACAGAUGAAGACGUCAACUGAGGAAGAGCAGCAGCAACAAGAACAGCCAACAGUCAAUGUGGGGUUCAAUGAGAACAGUUGCAGCCAAAGUGCGAUGGAAGUGAUAUGAACAUGGUCAAAUAAAGUUUCUUUAACAUCUUCCAAAAUGAACAUUCAAAUUUAAAUGAGUGAUAAUAGUUUGGAGUGAUUGUUCUGAUUAGACUGAUAUUUGUACAGCACAAGCCUUAAGACUAACGCGGUCAGUCCAUGGAAUCUACGUUUGGUUGACUGAGCAAAUGACAUCCAUGCCAAAGCUGCUAACUAUGAUUAUCUGUAUGUAAUCUUUUUCUAGGCUAAAGGUACUUUAAGGUGUAUUUUAAAAAUAUAGAUGAUUUUUCAAUGAAA